AUGCGCGGCCGCGAACUGAAACCCCUCAUGCUACCACAACUGGUAGAGGCGCGCAGUAAAGAGGAAGGAAAUGUGGCAAUGGAUUCGUCCAAUGCAACGGGACCUGGAAGCCACCUUUCGCGCUCCUCCACCCUGUCCGAGUAUCCCUCUCCCACCACGCCAACCUUCUCCCUAAGAGGGCACUCGAGGCUCCCGAGCUCAAGUUCUUCCGCUCCAUCAUCGCCCAACAUGCGAGAGUCGAUUGAGGCCUUUGCACCUGCCAGUCGACCUUUGACCGACGUGAAGGAAGAGCCCCAAGAUAAGGAUGACGACUAUCAAAUGGUCAAUGGCAUUGAGGAACAUCGUAUCAGCGAAGAUGAUGCCUUCCCAAAUAUCCCGGAGCAGGAAUGGAUCAUCAGCCGAGCUGGAGGUCCGCAUUUUUCCUCGGCGUAUGACUUUGAUGAAGAUACGCUGGAUAGCGAGUUUGCGCCAAACCCACGUGCCAAAAGACGACGCGCCGACAGCGCUCCUCUGAGUCCCAUCGAAGGCCUCACCUCGCGCUUUGGGUCAAGAAUGCCGUCUUUGUCUCGAAAAUGGCGGUCAAGGAAAGCGUCGCCCAACGCCUCCGUGCCCGAUCGAUCUCAGGAGCCAAGCUUGUCACGCGCCAAUUCCGUUCGAACCACGCGAAGUCGUGCGCCUUCGUUGACGGGCUCAACAAUGGAUGCCGUUGAGACGAGAGGCAUCCAGCUCCCACCAACGCCAACAAGGAGUGCCUACGACGAAAGCUUUGAAGAGUCCCACCCUACUCCCAUUGACGUCGAAAAGGCGAACGCUUUCGAAGAGGGCGUUGUCGACCAUGAAGCAAAACCAACAACUCCUCUGCUCCCUCCUAUCAUGACCCAAAUCCCUGCGCAUAUCAAGGAUGUGCCCUACCAAUCUCCAUUGCACUCGCCCAGCGUUGCCGAUCCCGAGGCCUCCUCUGUACUCAACAGCCCGCUGCCCACGCCACGAAUAGCCGGCCUGCCGUCCCCUCCGCUAUCAUCAAGACCCUCGAUAUCCUCUUUCCACCGCCAACGCGGCUUGGGACCGGUCUCGCCGUCGUCGGAGAUAACGCCAAUGCUUAUUGAGAACUCCAACGACCGAUGGGCCGACCAGCUUGGCCAUGCGAACUUCACCAUUGAGCCUGUACCCUAUAGACCUGAGCCGAGUACUCUUGCAGCUCACAAACGGUUGCGUGCUGAUUGGGACACUGCACGUCGAGAGUACUUGAACCACCUUCAGCGCACCGACGAGCAUUACGGUGCAACAUCCAAGAUCUACCGCCUUACGGAAGACAAGUGGGCAGAAAUAGACGCGGAAUGGAAGCGCAAUGCUGAUCUGUGCCUCUCCCACGCCGCAGAGACCACCGAGACCACCAUGUCACUUAGCCAAAGCGAUCUCGUACCUGAACCUUUCAUGACACCGAUAUUAAAGAUACCUUCCCUCAACGGGCCAAAGAGUAAGGGCAAGUUCCCAACCUUGGGCGAGGAAGGCAUCGUGGGCCCAAUGGAACAGUUACCAUCCAUGAUCCAACAGCCCCAGAGAAGGAAGCGGAAGCUAGCCUUCUUCCGCUGGGUGCAGGGUGUCUGGCCCGCUGGCUCGGCAGUAUUCGGGAGAAGCGUUUCAUCAAGCUCGUGA